AUGAUAUAUAUAGGUUGGAACAGUUGGAAUCAUUAUGGCUGUGGUAUAAAUGAACAAAUCGUCAAGUUAACUGCAGACGCUCUAGUCUCUUCUGGUCUGGCAUCUAAGGGUUACACUUAUGUAAAUAUCGACGAUUGUUGGGCAUAUAAACGAGAUGAACAUGGAAUAAUUCAUGAGGAUCCAAAAACAUUUCCUAGUGGAAUGAAAGCACUUGCAGAUUAUGUACACUCAAAAAAUUUAAAAUUCGGCUUAUAUUCAGAUUCUGGAAAUCAAACGUGUGCAGGUCGUCCCGGUUCUCUUGGUUUUGAAACACAAGAUGCUGAAGCAUAUGCAUCGUGGGGAGUAGAUUAUUUAAAAUAUGACAAUUGUUAUUCUGAACACAUUCUACCGAUGAUUAGAUAUCCAGUAAUGAGAGAUGCGUUGAAUAAAACUGGUCGUCCAAUUUUUUAUUCGAUGUGUGAAUGGGGCCAAUAUCUACCGUCACUUUGGGCACCACAAAUUGGCAAUAGUUGGAGAACAACGGGCGAUAUUAAUGAUAGAUGGUCGUCAAUGUUAAUAAAUAUUGAUAUUACUAAUUUAUUUGCAGAAGCAGCUGCUCCAGGUGGAUGGAAUGAUCCAGAUAUGCUUGAAAUUGGUAAUGGUCAUAUGUCUUCAGUAGAAUAUAUUUCUCACAUGAGUCUCUGGGCUAUAGCAAAAGCUCCACUGUUAAUCGGCUGUGAUGUGACAAAUAUGAGUGCCGAUACUUUGAAAAUAUUGACAAAUCAAGAAGUAAUCGAUGUAAAUCAAGAUGCAUUAGGUGUGCAAGGUAAAAAAAUACGAUUAGAUUUACAAAAUGAUUUAGAAGUAUGGGCUGGUCCACUAGCAGACGGUGCUCAAGUAGUUUUGUUAUUCAACCGUAGUUUACGGACACAAGGGAUCACUGUUUUUUGGACUGAAAUUGGAUUCAACGAAAAACAAAUAGCAACAGUAAGAGAUUUAUGGAAACAUGAGGAUCUUGGCAAUUUUCAGCAAUAUUAUAAUGCAACAGCAAUCGACUCUCACGGUGUCGUCAUGUUGAAAAUAAAACCAAAAUUAUAA